CCCCCUUGCGACCGCCGCCCCGCCAUGCCUGCCGUCGCAGCGGGCCCACUAUGCCACCACGCCCGGAGGGAAGAAGACGGCCAGGUCGAGUGAGGCCGAGGGGAAGAAGACAGCCAGGUCGAGUGCGCCCGAGGGCAAGAGGGCAGGCAAAUCAGGGGAGGCAACGGGCCAGCACACGAUGCGGCCGUCGUUCCUGGGCAAGGACAAGACGCUGCAGCGCGCCAGAUACGAGUCGCAGCGCCAGACGGCCGACCUGGUCACGCAGUUCCGGCGGGCGGUCGACACCCGUGACAUCAGGCAGGUCAUGGAGCUGUACCCGACGCUGCUCGAGGCCCGCCUGCUGAACCGCUACGACACGCGCCGCAUCGGCCAGGUGCUGCACGUCCGCAUCCGCAACCUCAAGCACGCCUCCGAUCUCGCCCUGCCCGACCUCUGGCCCUUUGUGCAGCAGUUCGUGGCCGACACGCGCAGCGGCGCCCUCGACCCGCACCCCUACGCCUUCGUGCACCUGCUGGGCAUCUACAAGGACCUCAAGCGCUUCCAUGACGGCCAUGCGCUGUGGCAGUGGCUGGUGCAGCAGGACGAGUCGUUCGUGUCGCAGGCCGCCUACGGGGCCGCCAUCGAGCUCAUGGCCUACGGCGGCCUCAUGCGCCUGCCCGAGCUCGAGGACCUGUACGCCGACGCCCUGAAGCGCUUCCCGGGCACCUUUGCCGAGUACCACCUCUCGCCCGACGCCAUCGUCGCCGACCGCACCCAGCCCACCUUCACCACGGGCCUGCCCACGGUGCUGCUGCAGGGCAUCCUGACCGCCCGCAUCCUGGCCCGCGACUGGAAGCGCGCCUACCUGGCCCUCGACACGGCCCUGCGCCUGUACCCCGCCCAGACCCCCAUGCGCUUCUUCGAGCUGUUCCUGGCCGAGCGCCCCGUCUCCGAAGCCUACGCCGCCCUGAUGCUCGCCUGCCGCGCCGGCAUUGUCGUGCGCCCCAAGCACGUCACUGCCCUGAUGACCAAGCUGCGCGCCGCCAUGGCCGAGUCCCCGUCGCCCGCCGACCGCCUCAUGGUCCUGCGUGCCAUUGCCAACGCCCUCUACGCCUACCUGGAGGCGGGCGGCCAGCUCGAGAGCAUCCACGUCGGCUCCUUCCUGCGAGCCUUCGACGCGGUGCUGCCCGAGCAGACCCCCGGCCAAGACUACGAGGGGGACGCCGCACAGCUCCGCAAUACCAUCGUCGUGGCUGCACACGAGACCCUGUCAGGCCUGUUGCAAGCCGGCAUGUCGCCGCAGAUCCACCCCUUCGAUUCGCUGAUCGCCAUCGCUGGCAGGCUGCGCGUCCCUGACCUGCUCCUCACUACUCUCCAGGACAUCAACACGGCGCGUCUCGAGCUGGGCCCGAUUGGAGUCCGGAGUGUGCUCACGGCGGCUGGUCUCGUAGGGAACAAAGACCUGAUCGAGCAGUUUUGGUCGCGCGUUGUCUCAUCCGCUGAAGCCGAGAGCAGGCAGAUCCCCUUCGAAGACUGGACCACGCUCGUCAAGGCGUGUAGACGAGCGAACCAUGUCGACUACUUCAAAGCACAGCUGCUCAGCCUACCGCACGCCAUCACUUCUAGCAUUGAGCGAACCAUCACCUCCCAGCUGAGCGAGAAAGAAGUAGUGCCCAACAUGCAAUCGUUCGAAUACCCAACCACCAGCGAACUCACCUCAGAAAUGGAAGCCCUGAAGACGCAAAUGAAAAGCAUCCAAGCCGUCGUCAUGUCCGGACAGCCUCUCGACCUCCGCAAAUCGCCUUUCCACAUGCAUCUAGACCCCAGACACGGGCAGCUGGGCAACGACGAGGCCAUGCGCGCCGUCUACGAAGGCUUCACAACCGACCCCCACCAGCCACCACCGCCCCCACCCGCAGACGGCAAAGCAGUCCUAAGCCCCACCGGCAUCCCCCUCGACGAACUCCGCUACCAGAACUGGGUCACCAUCCUCGAGAUGAUGGACCAAGCACAAGCCUACGACACGGACAUCCAAGCCGCCCUCGACGCAGCCAUAACAGCCGGCAAGCCCCUCCGCAACCCAUCAGACAUCCUGCGUCUGCGCCCUAGCUCACACACAACCACCCCCCUCCACGACACGGCCGCCCUCCGCCAGAAGAUCAAGAGCCUCCGCGCGCAGGGCCCCGCGCCCCUGCCCUUCCGCAAAGUAACCCCGCGCUCUCCUGUUGAUGACGUGCGUAGUGUUAAUCCUCCCAGGGCUUCUGAGCACGGUGCGUUGCGGCUGAGCUAUUAUGUUGGCUUGAAGUCGGAUCAUGAUGCGCCGGUUAAUCCGGAGAGGAAUUUUUUUAGGGGGAUUAAGGUGGGU